AUGUCGCUUGUAUAUUUUUUUCGGGGGGAAGAGCCUCAGGUUUCGAGAAGGCGAAUCGCACGAAUAAACUCAUCGUUUGGUGUCCCCGUUGGAUAUGAUUGCACAGGAAACAACUACAACAAACAAAAGGUACGCAUGGCGUGGACGUGUACGAAGAAAACUGCAUGGAAGCGUGAGAUGAGGCAAAGGAGAGCUGAUAUUGCGAAGAGAGAGGUUCGAGAUGUUAUAAUUAGAAUGAUUUGCAUUGCACAGAACCUUACCGAAAACAGCCCGCCAUCAAUUAUCAGUAAGACAG